GAGUGACCGGAAGCCUUGCUGUUACUGCUAGCGGAACACUAGCUUGAACUAGCUAAAAGCUAACUACACUGCACUCCUCGCUGUGAUCGAGCUGCUCUGCUGUUAAAAAUAAAUAGUUUGUUUAAAAGUGUCGACAUUUGUCUUGCUGGUGAAGAGUUGGUCUAUCAGACAGGUUGAAUCUCCCGGUCAGCUUGAUCGCUCACCUUGGCUGUGGUCCUCAGUCUCUCUGGGUGUGGAUGACACUGGCUCCGUGCCAGACCUCUGUAGAUGAAGAUGUCCCUGGCCCAGCGAGUGCUCCUCUCCUGGAUCUUCGCCCUGAUCUUCCUCAUAAUGCUGGUCCUCAAGCUGGACUCUAAGAUCCACUGGAGCUGGUUUCUCAUCUUCCUCCCUGUCUGGACCUUUGACACCAUCCUCAUCCUCAUGCUGAUUGUGAAGAUGGCAGGGCGGUGUAAGCCGGACUUUGACCCCAGGGAUGGUGAGCAGAGCCUGAAGAGGAGGUUGUGGUACCUGACAGCCCUGCUGCUGAAGCUGGCCUUCUGUCUGAUACUGUGCUCCCACCUGGAGAAGCUCUUCGAAAUGUGGGUCAGUGUGGUGUGUGUCCCCCUGUGGGUGCUGCUGGGUGGGGCGCUGGUGGAGCUGGGACACAGUGUUUUCCACUACAGGAGGGACUGAACCCGAGGAUGCUGCAAUACAUGGUUUUGAAAUGUAAUAUAGGGAACAAAACCUUUUACACUUGAGCAUCUCUCGCUUGCUAUGCACCAAUCCGAUCCACUGGAAUCAGGGCAGAUACUGACCGUAUGAAGUGGCUCGGGUAUCGGUCAGACAUGACAGUCCAGUUUAUUUGUCGAUGUGAUUAUAAAAUUCACAAUUUGUGCUGUAAGUUACAUUUAAGUCACAGCAGGUUGCAGGCUCAAUGGCACAGGGUUGGGGACCCAAUGAGUUACUACAGUGUGGUUUACAGGUUUUAAAUAUGGGGGGAAAGAGCACUAGUCAGUUGGUGCAGCCUUUUCUCUUGCCAUAGUUGGAGCUAGCUGUGUGUCAUUCUGAGAUACCAUUGGAUCUUCGUUCAAUAGGAAGAUGUUACGUACACCAGUCUGCACAGUUUGGCAUAUUUUGAAUACAUCCAGCCUUCACAUUGUUUUUGGCAUUCACAUUACUGCCUUCUGGCUCGUUUUUAGGCUGCAGGUAUUAAUGAAAGGGUGAACUGGGCUAGAGGGAAGUAAGAUUUUCAUUGUCUGUAAGCUAGACCUUUACUGCCAUGUGAGACUGGGUUUAAGAAAUGGAGCUAAAGCAAACUACGGUUCACAUGAUCUGCCAUUGUGAUCCAAAAUCAGUUACUUUCUACACUAAAUGUUGGUUUACAGUUCACCCAUAUGUACUCACUGAUACAGUAAUGUCUAAUCCUUGUGACACUGAGAGCCAUGUAUGGACCGUAUGAAAUUUUCCAAUCACUGAGCCAUAUUAUACCUGUUUGUAAAUUCACUGUUCAAAAGUAAGUCAAUUUGAAUGUAAAUUCUUUGUAAUAUACAUCCUAGGGGUGAAUUUUUACCUGUCAUCACACAAUAUCUGCCAGAUGAACAGCCAUGUUACAUAAAUCAACAGGGUUUAUCCUGACUCACCCGGUCAGGCAAAGCUCGAUGUUGAUAGACUCAACUUUCAUAAGUGCAUUUAACCUCAGUUUUAGCUGUACCUAAUGUCUGGAGUGUUAAAUAGGCCUUUUUCACUGAAGACAUUUUAACAUGUCAUAGUAUGAAAAGCACAGGUGUAAAUAAUAAAAUUAAAGAUGGCUGAAUUCCA